AGAUAUCUGAUUAUUUUAUUACUUGAUAGUCAUUUAAUUUGUGUUGAUUUAAGUUUACACGUUUUUGUGAUUGAUAAAUAAAUCAUUAAUCCUUCGUAAAAUAUUUAAACCAGGAAGACUGAGUCAGCUGGUCAUUAGACGUUCUAUACACAUAUCACCGAAGUUAAAUCAAGCAAUGGGUAUCGACGGGAAUACUAUUUUAGCGGAAAGUUUGAAAAAACAGGGUGUCCAAUAUGUUUUCGGCAUUGUCGGAAUCCCCGUUAUUGAGACAGCUUUGGCUUUCCAAAUGGCCGGCCUGAAAUACAUAGGCAUGCGCAAUGAACAGGCUGCUUGCUAUGCUGCGCAGGCCAUGGGAUACCUUACUGGUAAGCCGGGAGUAUGCCUUGCGGUAUCAGGCCCUGGUCUGCUCCACUGUAUUGGGGGCAUGGCCAAUGCUCAGGUCAACUGUUGGCCCCUUAUUGUCAUCGCUGGAUCAUGCCCUCAGGAUCACGAAGGUAUCGGAGGGUUCCAGGAAUGGCCACAGGUGGAGUCCAGCCGCCUGUACUGCAAGUACGCGGCUCGGCCGCCGUCGCCGCGCCUGAUCCCGCUGCACGUAGAGCGAGCGGUCCGCCUCGCCGCCAGCGGCCGCCCCGGAGUCUCAUACCUUGACAUGCCGGGGACACUACUACUGGCUGAAGCCGACGAAGACAAAGUUCCCCUAGACUUCUACAACGCCGAGCCGGUGGCCCUGGGCCACCCGAACCCCGUGCUGGUGUCGCAGGCGGCCGCGCUGCUGGCGGCGGCGCAGCGCCCGCUCGUCAUCGUGGGCAAGGGCGCGGCGCACGCCCGGGCUGAGGACGCUGUCAGGAAACUCGUCGAUACCACCAAGCUGCCCUUCUUACCCACGCCUAUGGGCAAGGGAGUAGUCGCCGAUGAGUCAGAGUUCUGCGUGUCGACGGCGCGUACGCAGGCGCUGCUGAAGGCAGACGUCAUCCUGCUGCUGGGCGCUCGCCUCAACUGGAUGCUGCACUUCGGACAGACACCCAGAUUCGCACCCGAUGUUAAAGUUAUCCAGGUCGACAUUUCACCUGAGGAAUUCCACAACAGCAUCAAGUCUGAAAUAGCUGUGCACUCGGACAUCAAGCCUUUUGCCGAGGCCCUCACACAGGCACUAGCUGAGAAGAAGUUCUCCCUGCAGCCCGCUACUGACAGCUGGUGGCAAGCGUUACAGCAGAAGCAAAAGGCUAACACUGAGUUCGUAAAGGCACAAGCAAGCAACACAACGUUGCCGCUUAACUACUUCGCAGUAUUCAAGACCGUGCAGGCAAACAUUCCCAAAGAUUCCAUCAUUGUCAGUGAAGGCGCUAACACCAUGGACAUCGGCCGCGGGAUGUUGAUGAACAACUUACCACGUCACAGACUUGACGCCGGCACUUUCGGCACGAUGGGGGUGGGUCCUGGCUUCGCUGUCGCAGCCGCUAUGUGGUGCCGCGACUACGCGCCAGAGAAACGCGUCAUCUGUGUCGAAGGCGACUCAGCCUUUGGCUUCUCCGGUAUGGAGAUCGAAACUAUGUUCCGUUACAAGCUGCCCGUGAUUAUCAUCAUAGUUAACAACAGUGGUAUCUACAGCGGAUUCCCGCCCGACGUUAUGGCUGACUUGCAGUCUGGCGGUGACAUUGCUCAAUGUACUCCACCCACCGCUCUGAGUGGUGAAGUAAGGUACGAGAAGAUGAUGGAAAUGUUCGGCGAGACCGGACACCUGUGCCGCACCGUCGAAGAAAUCGAAACGGCCGUGAAGAAGUCAAUAGCUGUCACUGACAAACCUAGCAUCAUCAACAUUUUGAUUGACCCAUCGUCUAACAGGAAACCACAAGCAUUUAACUGGUUGACUGAAUCUAAACUGUAAGCACCCAGUAGUUUUCAUCUUGGCUUAUGAACUUUUUGUAUCAUGACAAGAACCAAAGGUGGUGGGCACAAAGACUUAAUAUGUUAAAUCACUAAAAGAAUGCAAUUCUUUUUUUAAUUAUACUGUUUAUAUUUUUUGGCAUUUAUUAAAUGUACAUGUAUAUGGAAGUCGAUAGGUUUAAGGAUUGGUGUAAAUAAAUAAAACAUGAACUUUGAUAUUGUCUGUAAUUGAGUCAUACUUAUUUAUGGUCACAUUGUUGUAAUUUGUAUAUAAUGAACUUAAAAAUAUAUAUUAAUUUACAUUAUAAACUAAA